AUGCCCGGAGCCGCCGCCGCUGCCGCCGCCGCCGCCGCGAUGCUCCCGGCUCAGGAGGCUGCGAAGCUGUACCACACCAACUAUGUACGGAACUCACGGGCCAUCGGUGUGCUGUGGGCCAUCUUCACCAUUUGCUUUGCCAUCGUCAACGUGGUGUGCUUCAUCCAACCGUACUGGAUCGGCGACGGCGUGGACACCCCGCAAGCCGGUUAUUUCGGGCUCUUCCACUACUGCAUCGGCAACGGCUUCUCCCGGGAGCUGACCUGCAGGGGAAGCUUCACAGACUUCUCCACGCUGCCCUCCGGCGCCUUCAAAGCUGCCUCCUUCUUCAUCGGCCUCUCCAUGAUGCUCAUCAUCGCCUGUAUGGUAUGCUUUACCCUCUUCUUUUUCUGCAACACCGCGACCGUGUACAAGAUCUGUGCCUGGAUGCAGCUCACCUCUGCCACCUGCCUUGUGCUUGGCUGUAUGAUCUUCCCUGACGGCUGGGAUUCAGAGGAAGUAAAACGAAUGUGUGGAGAAAAGACAGACAAGUAUACUCUUGGGGCUUGCUCAGUCCGCUGGGCAUACAUCUUGGCAAUUAUUGGGAUUUUGGAUGCCCUGAUCCUUUCGUUUCUGGCAUUUGUGCUUGGUAACCGACAAGACAGCUUGAUGGCAGAGGAACUGAAGGCUGAAAACAAAGGUGCCCAGAAAAAGUCAAAGGGGAAACUGGAGCGAAGCCAGAAAAACAGACAAUACAUUUCACCUUUCCUAUAUGCAAUAACGCUCAGAAAAUUGGGCUCAUCAGGACAUUUACACCUUCUCAGUCAUACACAUCUGGACAUGUUAUAG